AAGUGAAAACGCACCUUAAAAGGUAACAACAGAUGACAAGCACAAACAAAACAUCUAACUCAAAAAAGAGAUAAAAAUUUUGCUAAUAUAUAAUGUCAUCAACAAGUCCAAACAAGUUUUAGCAUGAUCCUAGAUAAAAUCGCGUACAUAAUACUGAUCAUCAACAUCCAGUGUUAAAUGAUAUCAACAGUGUUCACUGUGUUAAUUUAUGUAUGACAUUGGUGUGUUGCAAUUUUAUAACAUACAGUGCUGCUGUUAUCAUCAACUCCUUGAUGAAAUAAAGAGUUGUUGCAAGUGAAAAAAACCAACUGGACUAAAGGGUUAAAAUUAAAUACUCAUCAACACAUUCAUCAGUUAUUUCUGUAUCGAAAUGUUGAUUUAUUUUCUCUGAGUAUUUUUCUCUUGCUUUUUUUUUAUUUCUAAAUACACUUGAUCGUUUUAUUUUGUUAUAUUGUCAACAUAACAAUUAUUGACAUAAUUGUUGACACAUUAAAUAAUAUUUAAAAAACAAAUAUUACUGGAUAAACAAAACAAAUUGUCAAUAACAACAAAAUAACAAUAAGGAAUAUGAAAAGACGAAAUGCUGAGUGUGGCAAGCUUCGGAGGCCUCUUAAACGAAAUAAAAUAACUGAAGGAAUUUAUGGAGGCACAAUAUUAUAUUUAAAAUUUCUAUUACUAUGGGCAAUGGUUAUACUAGCUGAUUUUAUUCUUGAAUUUCGUUUUGAAUUUUUGUGGCCAUUUUGGCUACUUUUACGAAGUGUUUACGAUUCAUUUAAAUAUCAAGGAUUGGCAUUUUCAGUAUUUUUUAUUUGUAUUGCACUCACAUCAGAUAUGAUUUGUUUCUUUUUUAUUCCUGUUCAUUGGCUUUUCUUUGCUGCCAGUACAUAUGUUUGGGUGCAAUACGUAUGGCAUACAGACAAAGGUGUUUGUUUACCAACAAUAAUGUUAUGGCUGCUAUUUCUAUAUAUUGAAGCUGCUAUUAGAUUACGAGAUUUACGACACAUGCCAUUUCAUCUGGAUCUUUGCAGACCGUUUGCCGCACACUGCAUUGGAUAUCCAGUUGUAACACUUGGAUUUGGUUUAAAAAGUUAUGUUGGUUAUAGAAUAAGACAAAGAAAACAAAAAGAUGUAGCUAAAGAAAAUGAAUUUUAUUAUCAAUUAUUAUUACAAGCAUUGCCAGUUGAACAACAAGCAACAUCUACAAAUUCACGUUCACAAAAUUCAUCAUUUUUAAAUACUGAAACAGUUAAUAAAACAAUUAACAAAACAAAUAUACAAUAUAAUCAAAGUCCAGAAAAAAACAAAGGACAUAAUGGACAUGCGACAGGAAAUACAAUUGUAUCACAAAUUACAACGACUGAUAUAAAUUUGCAAAAUGGUAAUAUACACAAUGAUACAACGCACAUACAACAAAAUGUAACAAGUAAAAAUAAUCAUAGAAAAUCAAUGGAUAAAAAUGAAAAACAACAGCAUCAUCAGGAUGAACAACCAGCUAAAAAUAAUGAUAAAAAAUUUUCACAUAGUAAUGGUAUAUCAACGGUGUCACAUCAACAUGAUGUACAAUUAAUUGAACGUGUUAAUAAUACAGUUAAUGAUUAUGAUACACAUGAAGUUGAAAAAGAAAAAAAUAUAAAAAUAAAUAAUUCAAAUUAUACAGUUAAAAAUCAAACAAAUAGUAAAUUAAAUAAUACAAAAGAAAAUCGUGAUUCAAUAAAUUCAAUAAAUAAUCAUAAAAAAAAUCGUCAAAAUAAAAAUAUAAUAACAGAUACAUUAAAUGAACAAAAUACAAAACAACAAGAUGAAUAUUGUCAAAGAUUAUUAACAUGUAGAAAACUUGAAAGUGAUAUUAAAAAAUUAAAAUCAGAAUUACAAUCAAGUAAACAAUGUGAACAAGAUUUACGUUUACAAAUAAAUAAUUUAUUAAGUUGUGAAAGACAAGUUAAAAGUGAUUUAGCAAAUUUACAAUAUGAUCAUGAACAAUUACAAAAUAAAUUACAAAGUAUUAUGUCAACAAGACAUAUUGAUAAACAAACAAUGACAACAUUAGAAAGACGUAUUGCUGAAGAACGUCGUCAACGUACUGUUUGUGAAACAUCAUUAGUUAGUGAAAGACGUGCACGUCGUGUUGCUGAAGAACGUCUUAAUAUACAAACAUCACAACCACAAUUAUUUGUUAGACAAGAAUGUACUGAAACAUGUAAAACACGUCGUUUACAAUUUGAACAAGAAAUUAAAAAUUUAAGAAGAGAAAUUAUUAAUAAAGAAGAAAGAUGUCAUGAUCUUGAAAAAGAUUCAGUACAUUGUAAAGACAAUCAUGGUAAAACUGAAAUUCUACUUGGUGCAUUAAAUGCAUUACAAGAUAAAAAUUUACAUUUAGAAAAUAGCCUAAGUGCUGAAACGAGAAUUAAACUUGAUUUAUUUUCUGCACUUGGUGAAGCUAAACGUCAGCUUGAAAUUUGUGAAAAUCAUAUGAGACAAAGAGAAAAAGAAAUCGAAAUUUUAAAAACUAAAAUUGCCCAAGAUCUUGCUGUUAUGACACAAGAUACAUUUGGUCAAACACCAACAUCAUCAACAUCAAAAUUACGUUUAAAUAAUGAUGUCAGAGUUGGCAAUAAUAAUAUACGUACAAAUGAGAGUCCAUGUCCUGGUUGUACUGUAUCAAAUCUCGAUCCAAAUGCAACAGCAUAUACACCCAAAAAUUCACUUGUUACAUCAACUGAAGCUUAAUAUUAUUUUUAUUUUUUAAUUAAUAUUUUCAAUAACACAAGGUAACAAAUACCAACUCUUUCUUUUUUUUUCAAAAUUAUCUAUUAUUUAUUGAUAUUAUUAUUACUAUUAUUUUUGUUGAAAAAUUUAAAAUUAUGUUCAAUGUUGUUGUGGAAAUUUUUGUCGUUAAAAAAUUUCAAUAUUACGUACAAUUUUUUAAUUGCAUUAUUAUUAUUAUUUAUUAUUUAAAUAUUUUUUUUUUUUUUUUUUUAUUUAAAAUGCGCUACAUGAUUGUACAUAAAAACGGCAUACCUUCAUGACAGUUUAAUAGAUUUUAAAAAUAAAAUUUGAGCAAAGGAAAAUAAGUGAAAAUUAAAUAAUAGAUAUUUCUUAUUCAAAUUGGUUAUUAAUACCAACUAGUCAUUAUUUUGACAUGAAUUAUUAUAAAGCACAAAUUAAUAGAAUACUUAGUUAUCAUCUAGAUAUUUAUGAAUGGCAAUUGUUGCUUAAUUCUUCCUACUUUACGUGUGUGCUUCCUUGAAGUAAAUUGGACUAGCUCAUGUUUUAUUUUUGACAAAAUAUCUAAAUUAAAUUUACAAUUCAAUUUAUCAUUUUAUUUGAAAUAUUAAAUUAAAUAUUAUUAGACUAUUUAAAUUUCAAUUUUUCUAUAAUAUUUUCAACUGUUUUUUUCGGUUUUUUUUCAAUAAAACAUUUGCGUGUGUUCAACGGGGAAUUUUAUAAAUUAUUAUUAUUUUUUUUUUUUGUUAAUGUUUGAUGAUUUUUAAUUAGCUAAAAUUCAUUAAUCAAAUUAACGUUGAGUUUAUUUUUAUUCAUUCAAGAAUAACGAUUACACGGCGGAGUAAAUUUUUCGAAAAAAAAUCACGACGAAAUAAAUUUUUAAAUAAUAAAUUACGACGAAAUAAAUACCAAAUUUCGAAAGCAAAUUACAUGAUUUCGAUUUAUAAAUAUUAGAAAAAAUUAUUUCGUCUUUUUUUAUUAUUUAUUAAUUUUAUUUUGUAAUUAAAGUUGAUUUAUUUUGUUGUGUAAUCAUAAUAACGUACUGAUACAAUUUCAAUGAAAAAUAAAAUUUAACAAAAUAGAAAGAAUAAAAAAAAAAAAUGAUCACAAUGUACCUGAUCGGAGA